CUCAGAUCAUCCUUAAGACACAAGACACUGGACUAGCAGGGGGAGCACGUUGAGGAAUACUUGUUUAUAAUCACAUUUGGUUUCAAGUUUGUAAGUGGACAAGACUGCAAAAGACAGACAGACUCAUAAUUCACCAUGAUUAUCAAGUUGCUUCUCCUGGUGUUACUACCAGUAGUAUUGAACGCCCAAUCUGGGAAAGGAGGUAAACCAGGAGAACCUACACCUACUCCAGGUCCGCUGUAUCUAAGGUGUGCUGCAUUCCCCAAGACGACAACUGGAGCUCCUCCAACUACAACUACAGCUCCUCCAACAACUACUACAACUACUCCAACAACUACAACUACUCCAACAACUACAACUACGCCAACAACUACUCCAACAACUACAACUACUCCAACAACUACAACUACUCCAACAACUACAACUACUCCAACAACUACAACUACUCCAACAACUACAACUACUCCAACAACUACAACUACUCCAACAACUACAACUACUCCAACAACUACAACUACUCCAACAACGACAACUACUCCAACAACGACAACUACUCCAACAACGACAACUACAACAACAACUACAACUACUACAACAACAACUACAACUACUCCAACAACUACAACUACUACAACAACUACAACUACUACAACAACAACUACAACUACAACUACAACAACUACAACUACUCCAACAACUACAACUACUCCAACAACUACAACUACUCCAACAACUACAACUACUCCAACAACUACAACUACUCCAACAACGACAACUAAUCCAACAACUACAACUACGCCAACAACUACGCCAACAACUACAACUACUCCAACAACUACAACUAAUCCAACAACUACAACUACGCCAACAACUAUACAACUACAACUCCUCCAACAACUACCACGACUUCUCCGACAACUACAACUACACUCCUCCAACAACUACCACAACUUCGCCGGCAAGUACAACUACAGCUCCUUCAACAACUACCACAACUCCUCCGCCAAAUACAACUACAGCUCCUCCAACAACUACCCCAACUCCUCUGCUAACUACAACUACUCCAACAACUACAACUACAGCUCCUCCAACAACUACCAUGACUCCUCCACCAACUACAACUACAGCUGUUCCAACUACCACAACUCCUCUGUCAACUACAACUACAACUACAGCUUCUCCAACUACCUCAAAUACAGUUCCUCCAACGACCACAACCUCACGUCCUCCAACUACCAUAACUACACCUCCUACUACCACAAUUACAGCUCCUCCAACUACCACAACUACAGCUGCUCCAACUACCACAACAACUCCUAUCCCAACAACUACUAUAACUACAACAACUACAGCUGCCACAACUACGAAAAUUACACCAACUACAAAAACAACUACAACUAA